AUGUUCGCCUACGUCGUCGGCUUAUUGGCGAUUCUGCUCUUCGUGGCGAACCCCAUCACCCAGUAUUUCCUGCCGCAGAGCUCUCGCGCGCUGUCGCCGAGGCCGCAGCUGAACGAGUCGCUGCUGGCGAUUGAUGGGCCGAAUGCCACGGUGCCGAAUUGCCCGGCUGACGCGUACGGGGCGCGGAUUUUGAGUAGGGAGCCGUUGGUGGUGUAUCUGGAGGGGUUUUUGAGUGAGGGCGAGAGGAAGCAUUUGCUUGAGAUUAGCGAGCCUCUUUUUGAGCCGUCAACCAUCACUCAUGACUCCAGCGCUACACACCGUGACACUGCAGUGCGAGACUCUUCCGUUGCCGUGUUGCCCCGGACAGACAUGGUUCGCUGCAUCGAGGCUCGCGCGAUGGCCUUUCAAGGGUGGCGGCGAGACCUUUGGAUUGAGCGGCUGCGAACGCAACGAUACGUCGCUGGCGGGCAUUACAACCAUCAUUUCGACUGGAGCGGCAAUGCGAAUGGAUGGGGCAGAGUGAGCAGUUUCAUGGCUUGGGUUGAUGCGGCGGAGGAGUUGGAGGGCGGAGGAACGGAGUUUCCGCUGCUGGAAACUACAAUGGAGGGUAAUGCGUUGAAAUGGUGUGAUUUAAUCGAGUGUGAAAGUGAAGAGGUCGGAGAUGGAGAGCAGAAGAAACUCGACGAUGGGGGAGAGGUGGAAGACAAAGGGACUACGUUCAAAGUAGUUCCUGGCAAUGCAGUGUACUGGGAGAAUUUCGCGCGUGAUGGGAGGGGAUAUGACGAGACUUGGCAUGCUGGUUUGCCUGUGAAGAAGGGAGUCAAGGUCGGGUUGAACAUUUGGAGCUUUGGACGGAUAGAGUGA